CAUUUCCAGGUGAUAAGAUUGGGUGUUUUUGGCCGUUACCUGAACAUUGAUCAGUGUCAAAAUGCCUCACAUAUUGCACAAUAAUCUCUUUGAUAAUCCUUCUCUAGUCGGUUACCCACUUGUUUUAUCUUAACUACUAGUACUAGUUAACUGCCAUGUUCUUCCUGCUCGUGAUACGGAACUGCUCCAGUGCCACUUCUAUCAGGGGCGUGGAAUUCACCCCAGCAUUCCCCAAUAGUGUUACCUCCGGAGCGUGCCCGAUUGUCCUGACCAACCUGCACAUCCAUUUGAACCAACAUCAACGCCCAACUCCGCUCCCUCCUGAACCUGCUGGUUUCUACAAUGACAUUGGUGCUUCUGUAGAUAUCCCACUUGAUACUAAAAAGGACCUAAAGAAAAAGGAGAGAGAACUUAUGGCUAAAGAGGCCGAGCUAAACAGGAGGGAACAGGAAAUAAAAAGAAGGGAAGAAGCUCUUGCAAGAGCUGGGGUCAUAAUAGAGCCAAAAAACUGGCCACCAUUCUUCCCCAUUAUUCAUGUUGACAUUUCAAAUGAUAUACCUGUGCACUUGCAGCGAGUACAGUAUGUUUCUUUUGCAUCACUUCUAGGGUUGGUCAUAUGCCUCUUCUGGAACAUUUUAUGUGUAACUGGUGCUUGGAUUACAGGGCAUGAUCCUAGGAUCUGGUUUCUGGCAGUCAUAUACUUCAUUACUGGAUGCCCUGGUGCCUACUUUUUAUGGUACCGGCCUCUUUAUCGUGCCAUGAGGAAGGAUAGUGCAUUCAGCUAUGGAUGGUUCUUCCUAUUCUACUUUUUUCACAUUGCCUUCUGCAUAUACGCUGCUAUUUCUCCGCCAUUCUUUUAUAUGGGAAGAUCGUUGGCUGGAAUUUUCCAAGCAAUCAGUGAAAUGGGCGAGAACGCUGCUGUUGGGAUAAUGUACUUUAUGGGCUUUGCUAUAUUUGUGCUGGAGGUGCUGCUGAGCAUAUGGGUCUUCCAGAGGGUGUACUGGUUUUUCCGCGGAAAAGGCACGGAGGCGCAGAUGCGGCCUGACGCCGCGACCCGUGCGCCGCCGUCCUGACGCCCUCUCUCCAAGCCCUGAAGCGUGUGUGAAUUUAGUUAGCAUUGGUGUGGUGGAGUGGACGCUGAUUUACAGUUGGUGAUGGCAGCAGAAGUUCCAGGGUGACUUUUCGAUUGUUGCAGCAGCGCCAGGCGCACAGCCAUAGUGACAUUUUGCCUUUGUGUGAGGUUCCUUUUUUAUCUGAUGAUGAAACUGAAAUCCCCGAAAGGCGACACAGAAAAAAGAAAAGACAUCCCAGCCUUUGGGCCCAGAUGCUUGCCGCUAGCCCUUUCGGCAAAGCAUGAUGCAGUACUAGUCCUGCUCCUUUUUAUUUUUUUUAAUUUAUUCUUUGUGAUUGUAAACGCACAGACCAACCUCCUCCUUGGUGACGGUUGCUGUAAUCUUGCGAGUUUUGAACAUUGUAAACAUGUGAUCCGAAAUGUUUCCUUCAGUUUUCAAAAAAAGGAAAUGUUUCCUUCG